AUGCCCGCCAGACCCAAUGAAGAACAGUAUACUCCGGAGAUGUUGCAGCUUCGCGUGAAGCAAGGACUCCAAAAGCGCAAGAAGUGCGCUCUUUGUCUGCAUGUGUUUCAUGUCAACGAACUGCCUGGAGCUAUCACUCACAAAUCUAUACUGGAACUUCGGAAAAAAUGGGGGUUAGACGUAAGGCGCGGUGACCGCAUGCCUCCCCCCUCGCAGUUGUACAAAAGAGAGGAGUUGUGCGUCUUUUGCAUGCAGUUCUUCGGUACGAGUGGUAGCACACAAUCUCAGCAACAACUUCUGGCUUCCACACGUGGAGGAAUGCCGGCUCGUUUAACCCUCCGUUAG